UUUUAAUUUGUAUUUGUAAGACAGCAAAGCUGGGGAGAAGACGGGUAUUUUAUUUUGAAAUUUUUAACCGGAAGACAAGCGCAUCUUAUUUAUUUAACUUUCUAAAAUGGAGGUUUGUUGUGCUCAAACUUGUCCAGGUCUGUUCGCUGUUCUCUCCGAGCCUGUGUGUCCUGUAGGGCAGCGGGAGGAGGACAUGUAGGCUGCAGGUCAGAGCUCUAACCUCCGGCCUGUUCGGUUCAUCUGUCCGGGUCCAGCCCGCGGGACACGCCACGCACCGACACCGGGCGGAAGUCCUCCCCCGUCCCGUCUGUUUUCACGGUGCCWCCGCUGACCAGCAUCACACAGAGGGAUGUGGAAAGUCACUGUACCGGCGGUCUGUGUUGUGUUUACGGCCUGGUUCUUAGGGAACUUUGUUCUGGCCUGGUUUCAACACAAACACUUAAGACCCCAAACGCAGCACCACGACCACCCGAACCAGAUCACAGACAGCCAGGACCAGAGCUGCCUCUGCCACCUGACAGGAGUCCUGGAUGACUGCUUCUGUGAUGUGGAAAGCAUCGACGUCUUCAACAACUUCAAGAUUUACCCUCGCAUCAAGAAGCUGACUGAGAGAGACUACUUCAGGUACUACAGGGUGAACCUGAAGCGACCGUGUCCUUUCUGGCCUGAUGAUGGACACUGCUCCAUCAAAGACUGUCAUGUGGAGCCCUGCCCUGAGAGUAAGGUCCCACUUGGCAUUAAAUCUGGAAACUACAACAAGUAACCAGAGUAAAGAGGCGUUUGCUGAUUGGGCGAGACAUGAUGACGCUCAGGAUCACUUCUGUGAGCUGGAUGAUCAGUGUAUCGACCUCUGAACCCUCUGGCUCCAAGCAGAGGAGAUGAUGAUGGAGAGGGCUUCUACAAGUGGCUCGAAGGUUUGUGUUUGGAGAAGAGAGUUUUUUAUCGACUCAUUUCAGGCCUGCACAGCAGCAUCAACAUCCACCUGUGUGCCGAGUACCUGUUGGAUGAGGGCUGGAGCCGCUCAGUGUGGGGUCCAAACAUCCACGAGUUCCGUCGGCGCUUUGACACGGCCGAGACGAAGGGCGAGGGCACCCGGCGGCUCAAGAACCUCUACUUCCUGUAUCUGAUAGAACUGCGAGCACUCUACAAGGUGGCGCCGUACUUUGAGCGAGCCAUCGUCAACCUGUACACUGGAAACAGUCCGGAGGAUGGAGACACCAAGGACCUGCUGCUACAGAUCUUCAAUGAAAUCAAAGCUUUCCCAAUGCACUUUGAUGAGAAGUCCAUGUUUGCUGGGGAUAAAAUGGAAGCUAAAACAUUAAAGGAGGAGUUCCGGCUUCAUUUUAAGAACAUCUCUCGGAUCAUGGACUGUGUUGGUUGCAGUAAGUGUCGACUGUGGGGGAAGCUGCAGACUCAGGGUCUGGGCACAGCUCUGAAGGUCCUCUUCUCGGAAAGGGAGAUCCAGAACCUGCCUGAGCACAGUCCAUCUAAAGGCUUCCAGCUGACCCGGCAGGAAAUCGUGGCCUUAAUCAAUGCCUUUGGCAGGUUGUCCACCAGUAUAUAUCAGCUCCAUAACUUCCGUCUGAUGAUGAAGGAGCAGAGGUAACAGGAGGAGGAGCUCCAGGAGGCCAACAGGCAGCUCUUCUCACCCAAUCCAGAGUUCUGGACUUCGGACCCGUCCCAUUCCGGUGGACGAUGAAUGAUUAUUGUGCUUCUUCUCYUCAGAUCACUCUGAACACUUCACCCCACAGCGCUUCAGCUCUGCUGCCCCACUCUUUCCCCUGACACGCUUUGGUUUCUUCUGAUGAAGUUUGUGGUGACCAACAAGCUGGAGGAAGUCGCACACAGAACGGACCAACUUCCCCCUGUCUAACCUCGCACCAUGACUCACAACCUUCAGACUUGAUCCUGGACAAAAAGGGAAAACUCAGUUUCAGUGAAGACCUCCGGUCCAAAUGACCAGACUGCAGCUGCCUAGUUUCAUUGCAUUUGCUCUGUUUUUUUGUUUUUGUCUUUUCUCCAGUUYACUGUUAAGCUCCCAGCUUAAAGUUAAUGUUUUGGACCAGUUUCUAUUUGUUUCAGUGUAGGACGAAGUGUUUGUGUCCACGUGUCUGUGGUCAAGUUUUGCACAAGCUGUGUGUGUGUGGUCCAUGCAGAGCUUCAGAACCCAGGUGCAGCAGAUGUUUUCAGAUACUGACCUGUCAGAUCUGUCUGCUACAGCCUUAAGGGUAAAGAUUAGUUUCCCUUUUUUUUUAUUUCCCUACAUCUUUAAGUCAAUAUUUAAAGUUGCAAAGGAACCUCUUACUAAAAGAUUUCAUCAUUUCUUCUUUUUAUAAGAACUAUUUUACAACCUGUUGAACCCUCUCCAUCCUGGAACAUCACACACAUGAAAUGCUUUUAGGAUUUCAGUUAGAUUUCAUGUCCAUUGUCYAAAUCUGACGUUUGUCAUAGGAAGAAAAACAAUACAGCAGGAUGGAACUCUUA